GCCCGUGCGGGAGGUGGGACCGGGAGGCGGUUCGGGUGCCACGCCUCGUGCCAUACCCUCCUUGCUCGCUUCUGGGUGGCCUUUAAUGUAUUGUGUUCUAAGGUGUGCUGAGGGGAAAGACGCCGGAGGUCUCUAGCCUGACACUAUGGAGGAAGAGAGAAGCUACAAUUUCGACGGUGUGAGCACCAACCGCCUGAAACAGCAGUUGCUGGAAGAAAUCCGCAAGAAGUAGUGAAUGGAAAACCCGUUAUGAGACACAACUUGAAUUAAAUGAUCAACUAGAAAAGCAAAUUGUUUAUCUCAAGGAGAAGAUGGAAAAAAUCCGUGGAAACUCUUCAGAUAGACUAUCUUCUAUUCGUGUCUAUGAACGAAUGCCAGUGGAAUCCUUAAACACAUUACUUAAACAGCUAGAAAAAGAAAAGAGGACUCUUGAAAGUCAAGUGAAAUACUAUGCACUUAAACUGGAACAAGAAUCAAAGGCUUACCAGAAGAUCAACAAUGAAUGCCGUACAUACCUAGCUGAAAUGUCUCAGGGUUCUGGUUUACAUCAAGUUUCUAAAAGGCAACAGAUGGAUCAGCUGCCUAGGAUGCAAGAGAAUCUAGUGAAAACUGGAAGAUAUAAUCCAGCUAAGCAGAAGACAGUGAGUGCCAAGAAAGGACCAGUAAAAAAGAUUACAAGAUCAAACCAUCUUCCAGAACUCCAUCUAUGAUUCCAGAACUGGGUGGAUUUCUAUUUCUUCCUUUUUCCAUUUAUAAUAUUCAACUUAUGAAGUUAAUGGUCAGCUCAUUUCUUCAGGGAAUAAAAUAAAUAAGAACUGCCAAAUUUUUCUUUAGCUCCUUUUCCAGAUGUGUGUUCCUUUGUUUGCAAAAAAGUAAUCUUCUCCAGUGACCCUAAACUAUGAAGUGCUUGAGAGUUUUAAAAUAUCCUAGGGAAUCUGAAGGCUGGCAUCGUUACACUUGCUUUUAAUGAUACACCCAUGAUCUGCUCUGAUAGAAACAUUGCUAUUCUAUUUGGUUUCUAGUUGACUGUCAGCAAAAAGUGUGUAUUCAUAAAACCCUUUUGCCAUUUUGGGCUGGAUCUUGCUCAGUUUUUUAAAUUGCAGGUUUAAACAAAG